AUGCCUUGCUUUCUGAUUAAAAAAAUUGAUACAGCGAUUCAUUUAUUCAUCAUAAUGAAAUUGAUUUUAAUCACUUUUGGAUUAUUUCCUGUUUCAACUUCACAGAAUAAUUUGAAUUCAUUACAAUAUUUUUCAACAAAUUGUUCAAUAUUAUUAGAUGAAACACAAUUUAUACUUAAUUGGACAAAAGAUUCACAUUCACUAACGGAUUUUAAUAAACAAGUUGUCAAAUAUCUCAACUCAAUUUCACCUAAACCAACCACCUGUUUUCUAUGUACUAACAACUCAACGUAUAUUAUUAUUUCUAACAAUUAUGGUAUAUUGAGACAAAUGAACCAGCAUUGUGAACAAAUAAUAAGCCAUGAAGCAUUUAAGAAAAUUAUGGAGUCUAUGAAUUCAUUCGAAGAACAAAUGAUAUCACUUAGUGAUGAAAAUUAUUUAACAGCUAUUUUUUAUGACCCUACUCUUGUCAAUUAUACAAUCUUCACAAAGAAUUACUGCAUGUCUGAUAAUUUACCUGAGGUUCGUAAUUCAUUUGACCAAAUUGACUGUACCAAUACUGCUACCAAUCCCCAUCAUCAUAAAAUACCUUUACUUAUAGUACAAUCUGAAAUUAAAUCAAAUAAUAUAUGUUUAUUUUGCUAUUGUAUUCAAAAACAUGCCACAUAUACCAUUCAAAUAAAAAACAUUACAUUUACAACUGUUCUUCUACUUGUCAAUUACAAACAGUUGUCAAUUGAGGACGUUGAACAUAAACUUCAACAGUUAUUAAAAAUGCCUUCAGUCAAUAUCAUUUCCUUCUGUUUAUUCAGCAAUGAGAUAUUGAGAGAAUGGGAAGAAAAUAAUUAUUUACAAAAAAAUAGAAAGAAUGUACCCAUCAAGUAUACGAAAAGACUUUCAGAAACUGAACAGACCAGACAUUCCCGAACAAAACGAUAUUCCGAGGUGACGACAAAUGCUAAGUACUCAAUGAAUUCACAACUUUUACCUCCAAGAAAUUUGCAAAUAGUACCUCUUAAUUUUGGAUCUUUAAAUAUAUCAUGGAUUCCUGCACAAAAAAACGAACAAUUCAUCACACAUUACGAAUUAAUUUUAUUUGGCCUCAAUGAAAAAUCAGAUAAUCUAUUUAGCCACUGUUUAAGAACACAUACAAUACAUAAUCAAACUGGACAUAAUGUUUAUUUAGCUCCAUUAUUUUCACAAAAUCGUCAAGUUCUUAUCAAUGUUACAGCUCCAGCAGAUUAUGCAAUAGUUACUGGAUUACCACCAGAUAAUUUUUAUCGUGUACUUUUAUUUGCUGUUGGGAAUUCAAUGAGAAGUUCACCGGCUACAAUGCCAUCAUCUCCACGAGUACCAGCACUUUCACCACAAACUCCACCUGAAAAUAUUAAAAUUACUUCAAGGGGAACUCAAAGUGUGAAAAUAUCAUGGAGUCCACCAAGUGAUAUAGACUGCACUGGAGAACUAAUGAAUUAUGUGAUCAACAUCAACUCUUCUCGUUUAAUAGAGCCUAUAAUUAUUAAAGUUCCACGUUCAAAAAGAAAUUAUGUUGUAGAGAAUCUUAUACCUGGAACAUUUUACAGUGUACAAGUUUCUGCAACUACUCGAGGUGGCUUAGGUGUCCCAUCUAAAGCUAUACACUUUCAAACAAGUGGAGAACUUCCAAAGUUAGAUUCAGAUGAAUUAGAAGGCAUAGAAAUUCCUGAAUCUAAAUUGGCAUCAAAUAUUGACAGUCAAAAUGUAGACUUUUUUGAAGACGAAAUAAAAGCUGAUGAUUUGACUGACUCAAUUCAACAAGCUAACAAUCCACCAUUUUAUGUGUUACCUUCAAGGAUUCAUAAUCUACGGGCGACGGCAACUCAAACAUCAAUAAAAUUAAAAUGGUCAGUUGCUUUAAGACAAAUUAAUAUGAAUAGUGAAACACAUUUAUUUGAUGAUGUUGACUAUGAAUAUACAUCAUUAAUUAAUCCAAGACAUUUAAUCCCUGUCCCAAUCAAAAAUGAGAAACAUGAGAAAGAUAUAACUGGUUUGCUACCACCAGGAACAAAACACAUCAUACGUUGGGGUGAUAUGCAUCCCGGUCCAUCUGAAGAUAGUGUAAGAGGUGAUCGAACACAGUAUACAAUUGAAAAUUUAAAACCUGGAACGAUUUAUUACAUUCGAGUUAUAUCUGUUACAGAAGGUGGAGAUGGUCCCGCUGCCUACACCGUUGUAAUGACACAAGACUCUUCAUCAGCAACAAAACCGACAAGUCAAGGUUUACUUAUCCCUGUAAAUUUAGUAGUUCAGCAACUUGGCUCUACAUGGGCACGUGUUGGAUGGGAUAUGCCAAGUGUUCCACAAUCUAUUAAAAUGUCUAUCAGUGGAUUUCAAGUGAAGUAUUAUUCCGUGAAGGCUAACACAGACCAAGAAGAAGAAGGACAGGAAAAUGAAAUAGAAAUUACAAAUUAUAUCACUGAACAAUUCGCAACAAAAAAUGUUGACGAAAAAAAACAUGAAUUAAAAUUAAUCAAUAUGACCUUAACAUCAAACCAAAUUCAUGACGAACACUUUGAUAUUAUUCUUCGCGAUUUGGAACCUGCUACGCAGUAUGAAUUCGGUGUUCGAGUGUUACAUAAUGAGGUGAUAUCUGAAGAAAAUGAUCCAAACGUUAAUGGUAGAACAGUGAAAACAUAUUUCUGGAGUAUGGUUCAAGGAUUUGAAACUUUUGGUAAAAGUCCAAAGGAUGCACCGACAAAUAUUCGACUAUCCAAAUUAAGGUUAACUAAUAAAUUGCAUACAAAACUUCAAUUGUUAGAUUUCUCAACUAUACAAACUUCCUCAGAUGCACUGAAUAAUGAUAUCAUACAUGAUCAAAACAAUGAUAAUAGUAAUGAUAAUAAUAAGCCUAGUUCACAUUUCCUAGUCACAAUGUUUAUUAAAUGGGAUCCACCAACUUAUCCAAAUGGAAGAAUACUUGCAUCUGCCCUAUAUCUUACUACAAAUAUGAAACAAUCUACAAGAAAAUGGACAGAAAGAUCAGUCAAUGGUGGAAGUACGGAAGCAGGUUUACUAAGGUUAAAACCAAGUACACUAUAUUUUGUGAAAAUCACUUCAAGAAAUCAACAUGGCCGAUCGCCAUCUUCAAAUAUCAUUGCUUUUUAUACACCAAACGAAAGGUUUCAGUACAGAAGAAUUAAAUCAAGAAAUGGCUAAUCUAGAAGGAUUAAUGAAAAAUUUAUCAGAAAUUACACAAAAUGAAUUUACAUGUUAA